AUGCGUAGCGCCAACAAGGCUAUAACUAGGACACGGUACCUCACUCCAACCGUCGAAGAUCUGUUAGUAAAAUUGAAAGGAGCGAAAAAGUUUUCGAAAUUAGAUCUAAAUGCUGCAUUCCAUCAACUCGAAAGUGCGGCAGAAGAGUUGCAACACACAUUGGGAACACUGCUUUCCGACAUACCAUGUGCUCUCAACAUUGCUGAUGACAUUUUGAUUUUCGUAAAAAACACGAAGAAUAACGAUAAAAUUCUGACUACCGUGUUUAAACGCCUCGCUGAGAAAUGGCUGAUAUUAAAUUUACCAAAAUGUAUUUUCGAUAAGCCUACAAAUGAAUUCUACGGAUACGAAUUUUUUAGCGAAGGGAUGAAGCAACAUCUGAAAAUCUGCUUAUCCGCUAAAUCAUGUAUUGAGUAUUUCGACGAAAAGAAAGAGCUCGUACUUUUUUUCGAUGCCAGCCCUGUUUGCAUCUCAUCGAUCUUACUGCAAAAAACGAAAGGGAAAAAUGACGUUAGUGUGAUAACCUAUUCAUCAAGAGCGUUGAGCGAAACGGAAAUGAGGUACUCACAAAUAGAGCGGGAGUGCCUUAGUGCAACAUAUGCAUGUGAACGAAACCGACUAUACUUAUUUGGACGACCUUUCACAAUUAUCAAUGACAACAAAUCAUUAGUGACCAUCUUAAACAACCCCAAAGCGAACCCACCUGCACGAAUUGAACGAAUGGUCUUACGUCUACAAGAAUACACCUUCAACGCCGAUUACGUUACUUCACAGGACAAUAUAUCUGACUAUUUAAGUAGACACCCGGGACGUCACCAGGGCUUAUCAAAGACCAAAGUCCUACUGCGUAUCAAAAUAUUUUUCUUUGGCAUGGACAGCCCAGUAGCCCAGGAAAUAGAUUGUUGUAUACCUUGUCAAGCAGUCUCCAAGAAAACACGUUAUGUGCCUUUACAGACAACACAGAUUCCACCAAAAGUUUGGCAAACCAUAAACAUGGACUACCUAGGACCAUUUCCGGACGGAAAGUAUGCACUAGCAAUGAUCGAUCAACGUUCGAGAUACCCGCUUGUAUCAAUCACACCAAGUACAUCUGCAAAAAAUCUCAUCUCAAUUCUAAACACAGCCUUUACAAAGUUUGGUUAA